AUGUCAUCAUCAUCCAUGAUUCCCAACGGCAUGACUAUUCAAGAUAACUGUGAUCAUCUGUUCUACUGUGUCUGUUCUGACACCCUUCCCCCUAUACUCCAAGUGGAUCACCAUGGUUUCGAGGACCCUAACAUGCUUUGGCCUUCUAAUCCAGCUGACUUCAUUGAUCGCUGUUGGGCUUCAAAUGCCAUGCCAUACCAAGGAUUUUUACCUGUCCAUCGCGAAUCAGUAUUCCAGUGCGAACUAUUUGAACCCCUGAAUUACACUAUCCAAUUGAUUCCCGUUUUCUCCCCAUCUCCUGGAAUAUGGGUGGUCGAUGACACAGUCGUUGAUAAGUGGAAAAACAUCGAAGCAUUGUUCCAGUGCUUGAGAACAGUAUUGGAUGGCACAUUCGUACCGAAUACAAAUUUGGGUCACAUCAGGUUUCCCCUACCGUGGAAGUAUGGCUAUCACCACGCGAAACGUAGCAGAAAAGCGAUGGCAUGCACAGCUAUGCAAUCUCGAGAUGCUUUCAUAAUAAUGGCAGUGGAAAUUUCUUAUCUUUUGGCACUCGGUUCUAGCAAAUUAGAUGUGCUACCAAACACAGGCAGGGAUCAGUUUCCCUUGUGGUCUGCUGCAUUAACGGACAAAAUUGGCAGCAAUUGGGUUGAUUUGAUUUGA